GGAAUAAAAUGUUCAAGUUGUUUGUGCUACUGUGUGUCCUGGCGCUGGCCAGUGCCGAGCUGCAGAGGAUCAAGAUCCACAAGAGCGAGCACAAGAGGAGUCGCCACCAUGUGAGGCAGGAGGUGCGCUCGCUGAGGCACAAGUACCAGCAGCUCAUCGAGAACUACGUGGUGUACGACUACGGACAGCCGGACUACGGAAAUGACUAUCCGUCGAACAGCGAGCCGGACUACACCACCGAGGAGCUGGGCAACUCGAUGAACAUGUACUACUACGGACAGAUCAGCAUCGGAACUCCGCCGCAGUACUUCAACGUGGUGUUCGACACCGGCUCCUCCAACCUGUGGAUACCCUCGGCCCAGUGCCUGUCCACGGACGUGGCCUGCCAGCAGCACAACCAGUACAACGCCAGUGCCUCGUCCACGUAUGUGGCCAACAGCCAGAACUUCUCGAUCCAGUACGGAACGGGAAGCGUGACCGGAUACCUGGCCACGGACACUGUGACCAUCAACGGACUGGCCAUUGCCAAUCAGACCUUCGGCGAGGCGGUGUCGCAGCCGGGCAGCAGCUUCACGGACGUCGCCUUCGAUGGGAUCCUGGGAAUGGGAUACCAGACGAUAGCCGUGGACUCCGUGGUGCCGCCGUUCUACAACCUGUACGAGCAGGGGCUCAUCGAUGAGCCGACCUUCGGCUUCUAUCUGGCGAGGAACGGCUCCUCCGAGGAGGGUGGCCAGCUGCUGCUCGGCGGCGUCGAUGAGACGCUGAUGGCCGGCGAUCUCACCUACGUGCCCGUGUCCCAGGAAGGAUACUGGCAGUUCAGCGUGAACAACAUCUCCUGGAACGGCACGGUGCUGUGCGACGGCUGCCAGGCCAUUGCCGACACGGGUACCUCCCUGCUGGCCUGUCCCCAAGCGGUCUAUACCCAGAUAAAUCAGCUCAUUGGAGCCGUCCUCAUCGAAGGCAGCAACUACAUUCCCUGCGCCACCUUGGACUCCCUUCCCGUGCUGAGCUUCAACAUUGGGGGCACCACCUUCGACCUGCCUGCCUCUGCGUACAUCAGCGUGUUCCACGACGAAGGCUAUACGUCCUGCAUGUCCACCUUCACCGACAUCGGCACCGACUUCUGGGUCCUGGGCGAUGUCUUCCUCGGCCAGUACUACACGCAGUUCGAUUUUGGCCAGAAUCGCGUGGGUUUCGCUCCUUUGAGCAACUAAGUUUUGUUCUUCUUCGAGAAAUAUGCAAUAAUAAAUGUGGAAUGCCC